AUGAACAGAGGAGUGAGGGUUUAUAAGGAGCAUUUGCUUCAGAGCACUUUACAAAAGAAAACGCUCUUGCUCCUAAAUGGGCAGGGGACAGGGGCUCGGGGUGGGGCGGACAAGGACCCUGGAAGAGCCUCGUUCACAGAGGAAAGGCGCGCGAUCGAGGAGUUCCUCCCGCACUGUCCGUGCGCCGGGCCGCGGGUGGAGGCAGCAGCUGCUGGGGCAGAUGAGUCGCGUUUGGGACGUUACCUGGGCUCGGCAUCCUCUUCCGGGUCCCGCCGCGUCUCCCCACCUGCCGUGCCACUGCACGGACCCGGGUCUCGGGGGCCGGACGGUUGCGCUCCUCGCCGCCGCCUCCCUCGCCCCACGCCCGGGCCGCCUCGCUCCCGCCACAAAGGCAGCAAGCCAAGCGGGGUGACAGGCCCUUGGCCUCCGAGCGCCGGCCGCGCGGCUGAGUCCCUCCGGCGGGCGCUCUCGAGGCUGCGGCGAGACCCGGUGCGGUUCCGGCCGCCCUCGCCGCCGCCGCCCGCGCCCACAUCCCGCGCCCUCCGCGGCUCCCGAGAGCAGCACCGCCCGGCGCGCCAGGCUGUCCCGCCCGCCCUCCCGCACCCGCACCCGCGCCCCGCGCCCCGCGCCCUUCGCCCCGCGCACCCCCGCCGCUCACCUGGCCUGGCGGGACGCAAGGACGGGACCCGGGGUGGCCUGGCCGCGGCCGUCUGCCUCCCCGGCCCCAGUCCGCUAGGGCGCUGUGCUGCGCCGCGCUGGCUCCGGCGCCGGCUUCGAGGUGCUAGCGCCGCCGCCGGCUGGCGUCCUUGUGGCAUGCGCUGCCCGCGCUCAGCCCCCGGGGCGGGGCGAGGCGGUGGCGGCCGCGGCCAGAGGCGGACUCCUCAGCCCCGGCCCCGCCCGCAGCCCGGCCCGCGCCCUUGUGCUGCGGCGGGCGCCCAGCCUCCGUCCCGCGCCACCCUCGAGCGCCUCGCGUGGGCGGGGAGCCCUAGGCGCGCGGGCGAGGUGUGGCCGCCGUGA